GUGCAAACAGUGUCUCUCUUCCAUUGGCUCUCCAGAUGGUGAUGGUGAAGAGGAUGAAGCUGGGUUCACAAGGCCUGGAGGUAUCAGCACAAGGGUUAGGUUGUAUGGGAAUGUCCGCCUUCUACGGCCCUCCCAAGCCCCAACCCCAGAUGAUCGAACUCAUUCACCAAGCCAUCGAUGCCGGCGUCACAUUUCUCGACACCUCCAACAGCUAUGGCCCCUUCACCAACGAAACCCUUCUGGGCAAGGCUCUGGAGGGAGGGAUAAGAGGCAGAGCUGAAGUGGGUACUAAAUUUGGGAUAAGUUUUUCGAAUGGCGGGAGGGAAGUGUGCGGGGAGCCUGGGCAUGUAAGAGCAGCAUGCGAGGGCAGCUUGAGGAGGCUGCAAGUUGACUGCAUCGAUCUUUAUUAUCAGCAUCGCGUCGACACUCGCCUGCCCAUUGAAGUCACGAUGGGAGAAAUGAAGAAACUUGUUGAAGAGGGUAAAAUAAAGUACAUAGGUCUGAGUGAGGCCUCUGCUUCAACAAUCAGAAGAGCACAUGCAGUCCAUCCCAUAUCAGCUGUGCAGUUGGAGUGGUCCUUGUGGUCAAGAGAUGUAGAGGAAGACAUAGUUCCUACUUGCAGAGAACUUGGAAUUGGGAUUGUUGCAUAUAGCCCACUGGGGAGGGGUUUCUUUUCUUCAGGACCGAAGCUGGUUGAGAACUUGUCACAGGAUGAUUACAGAAAGGAUCUACCAAGGUUCCGCCCUGAGAAUCUAAAGGACAAUAGUAACAUAUUUGAGCGAGUUAAUAAAAUUGCGGCAAGGAAGGAAUGCACCCCAUCGCAGCUAGCACUGGCCUGGGUCCAUCACCAAGGGAGCGACGUAUGUCCCAUACCAGGAACCACCAAGAUUGAAAACCUCAACCAGAAUAUGGGGGCUUUGUCAGUGAAACUAACACCGGAAGAAAUGGCUGAACUGGAAGCCAUUGCUUCAGUAGAUGCUGUCAAGGGUGACAGAUAUGGAGCCAACUUGCCUACCUGGAAGGACUCAGAAACUCCACCCCUUUCUUCAUGGGAAGCUUGAAUCUUAUCAGGUGAUUGACAUAUUACAAGGUUGCCAGAAUAUCACCCAUGGUACAACUUUGAUGUGUAAUUGCAUUGCAUGUUAGAAUCCAGAAUAAAACGGGUUAAUGUGACACAAGCAGGUUAAGCUCCUGCCCUUUUUUUUAUCCAACGCCUAAAAGAGGAUUGAUCA